CAAUCCGGAGCAUCUUCACGUUUCUUCGCUCAAUGGUGAGGGUCUCGAGAUAUAACCUCAAUAGAGAAGAACGUAAAUAAAUAAAUAUUUCUAGAUAAAGAGAGAGAGAGUUCCCAGGAUUCCCCGGGAUGGCGAAUUCGUCGGCGAACGUGACGGUGUCGAGCAUCCUGAAGAACAAGAGCUCGUUCGAGGAUGAGCCGCGGAAGAAGAGCCGGGAGGACUGGCGGAAGGCGAAGGAGUUGGAAGAGGCGAGGAAGGCGGGAACCGCCCCGGCCGCCGUCGACGAGGAGGGCAAGGAUAUCAACCCGCACAUUCCGCAGUACAUCAGCGCGACCCCGUGGUACUUCGGCUCCCAGGGACCCAUGAAGCACCAGCGUCCGCAGCCGGAGAAGCAGAAGCAGUACAGCUCGAUCGACUCCUGGUACAAUCGCGGGGUCGACGCCAACCAGGUGGCCACGAAAUACCGGAAGGGCGCCUGCGAGAACUGCGGUGCGCUGACCCACAAGAGGAAGGAUUGCAUGGAGAGGCCGCGCAAGGUCGGCGCCAAGUUCACGAACGCUAGGAUAGCCCCGGACGAGUUCACCCAGCCGGAACUGUCCAUGGAUUACGAUGGAAAGAGGGACCGAUGGGCUGGUUACGACCCUUCGGAGCACAGAGCGAUAGUGGAGGAGUAUCAGAAGAUAGAGGAGGCCAAGAGGCAGAUGCGCGCUGACAAGCUCGAUCAGGAAGAGGAGAACGACGAGCAGGACUCUGACAAGGAUGAGGAUAAAUAUGUGGAUGAGGUGGACAUGCCUGGGACCAAGGUGGACUCUAAACAGCGCAUCACCGUGAGGAAUCUGCGGAUUCGAGAGGACACCGCCAAGUAUCUGCGCAAUCUGGACCCGAACUCGGCGUACUACGAUCCCAAGACCAGAUCUAUGCGCGAUAAUCCCUAUGUCGGGACGGAGAGAGAGGUGGAUUACAAGGGCGAGAAUUUUGUACGCUUCUCUGGGGACACCCAGCAGCACGCCAACGCGCAGCUGUUUGCUUGGGAGGCCCACGAGAAGGGAGUCGACGUGCAUCUGCUGGCAGAGCCGACAAAGCUGGAACUGCUGAAGCAGGAGUAUGACAAGAAGCGAGACGAGCUGAAGGACAAGGCUCGCGAUAGCAUAAUCGAGCGUUACGGUGGUGACGAGCACCUGAAGGCGCCACCCAAGCCUUUAUUGUUGGCGCAGACCGAGCACUACGUCGAAUACUCGAGAUACGGGAAAAUAAUCAAGGGUCAAGACAGACAGGUGAUACGGUCCAAGUACGAGGAGGACAUUUAUCCCAACAAUCACACCUUGGUCUGGGGUUCCUACUGGCAGGACGGUAAAUGGGGCUACAAGUGUUGCUACUCCUUUAUUAAGAAUUCUUAUUGCACAGGCGAGUCCGGGAGGAAAGCCGCGGAGGCGAUAAGCGACGUCGCUUCGAGAUCGGAGUAUAGAGUACCAUCAGCGAGAAGCGAACCGGAAGAGGAGGCGGAAGGUAAACCGGAUGACGGGAUGGUGAACGAGGAUCCUCGUUCCUCGAGCAGUUCAGCAGCUUCCUCGUCCGAGGACGAGGAUACGAAGAGCAAGACGGAGAGACAGAGCAAGGCGGCUAAGCGAAAGUUGAAGAAGCGGAAGCGGAAGGAGAAUCGCAAGAGUAAGAAGCAAGACGAGGACAAGCUGAAGGAGGCGCUGAGGAGGGAGGAGGAGAACGCGAGGAAGGCGGACGAUCUGUUGAGGAUGAGCGAGAGGAAACGUCCUUACAACAGCAUGUACGAGACGAAGGAGCUGACGGCUGAGGAGAUAGAGGCUUAUCAGAUGAAGCGCAAACGCGACGAGGAUCCGAUGGCUCAUUUUCUUUGAAGAUGAUGUUGAGAAUGACCGAGUUGUCCUUAAAAUUAGAAUUAAAUUAAUGCUAUACAUAUAUUUUUAUUAGAGUGUCCC